AUGUCGCUGAAAAAUCGGAUCUUCCUGUUCGGGGAUCAGUCCCAAGAGACAACCACGAAGAUUCGGGCGCUUCUGAGCGCGAAAGGCGACCCUCUCUUGACAUCCUUCCUUGAGAAAUGUUUCGAUGUGAUUCGCACCGAGACUGGGCGUUUGCCACUCUCCGAGCGCGAGGUUCUACCAAGAUUCCACAAUAUCGCAGAUAUCCUCGCCAGACAGAAGGAAGGCGUGCUGAGUCCCGCAUUUCAGACAGCCUUGGCGACAAUAUACCAGCUAGGAAGCUUCAUCCGCGAGCUUGGGAGACCUGGAGUCGCCUAUCCACUUCCUGACCAAACACACCUGCUUGGGCUCUGCACCGGUGCUUUAGCUGCGGCUGCUGUGGCUUCAUGCAAGUCAAUCACCGAUCUGAUUCCCGUUGCGGUUCAGUCCGUGUCGAUCGCCUUUCGACUCGGCCUGCUAGUAGUAGAAGUUUCGCACCGCAUAGAACCGAAAUGCUCAGCUUCAUGGUCGCUCAUCUUCCCAGGCCUUGACUCUGGAAGUGUGGGAGCAGCGCUGAAGGAGUUCUCGGUGGGCUACCCGCCCCAGUCCGCUCCUUGGAUCAGUGCCUAUCUUCCAAACGGCACUGCCGUCAGUGGCCCACCAAAUGUUAUCAGCAAACUUCGUCAAUUCGGUAUUUUCAAAGGCGUCAGACCGGUUGAAAUACCUGUCCGAGUUCCUGGACAUGCCGGACAUCUCUUCACCUCCGAGGACAUCGAUCAGAUUCUCGAAGCGACCCCACAGGAGCCAUGGGCAACAACAUAUCGCUCGCAGAUACCCAUGAUUUCACCAGUGACAGGAAGACUCAUGCCAGCCACUGAUUUUCGGACCCAGGUGGAAUUGUGUCUACAGGAUAUCCUCAUGGUUGCCCUUCGAUGGGAUAAUAUCAAUGAAGAGUUCCCACAACACCUGAAGUCACUGGGUAUAUCGGAGAUCGAACUUGUUCCCAUUAUGACCGCUAUGGACCAAACCCUCCACCAAGUUCUCCGAGGUCAUGGUGAAAAUGGCGUCCCCACAUUCUCAAACGUGGAAAUCUCCUACUUCGACAGAGAUACGCCUCACACGCAGAUCAAUAUGUCUGGAAGACCCGAUCUGUCAAAGCUAGCUAUCGUGGGGUUUUCUGGUCGCUUUCCGGAUGCUAAGGAUCCGGAUGAGUUCUGGGAGAUCCUGAGAAAUGGCACGGACACCGUGCGUCGGGUGCCGAGUGAAAGGUACAAUAUCGACACGCACAUGUCGACCGAUGGCAAGAAGAAUACCGGGGAGGUGCAGUGGGGCUGCUUCAUUCCAGACGCCGCCUACUUUGAUGCUCGAUUCUUUAGCAUUUCACCUAAAGAGGCACCACAAGUUGACCCGGCCCAGCGGAUAGCGCUGAUGACAACAUACGAGGCAAUGGAGCGAGCUGGUAUCGUGCCGGGAACCACUCCUUCGACCAAAACCGAUCGCAUCGGCGUCUAUCACGGUGUCACAAGCAACGACUACAUGGAGACCAACACAUCUCAGUGUAUCGAUACCCAUUUUAUCGUAGGUGGGAACAGGGCUUUCAUCCCAGGCCGUAUCAACUUCUGUUUCGAGUUCUGCGGCCCAAGCUACAGCGUCGAUACGGCAUGCUCAUCAAGUCUCGCAGCCAUGCACUUGGCCUGCAACGCCCUCUGGCGAGGAGAUAUUGACACGGCCGUAUGUGGUGGCACCAAUCUGAUCAACAACCCCGACGGCCAUACGGGUCUGGAUCGUGGGUUCUUCCUCUCCAAGACUGGCAACUGCAAGACUUUCGAUGAUGGAGCAGACGGAUACUGUCGUGGUGAAGGAGUCGUCACUGUCAUAAUCAAGCGUCUGGAGGAUGCGCUAGAAGAUAAUGACCCAAUUCUUGCUGUUAUCAAGGGCACCGCGACCAAUCACUCCGCCGAAUCCGACUCGAUCACCCGCCCACACGCUCCAACUCAGGAAGUCCUGUUUGACAAGUUGCUAAACGCAACAGGGACAGAGGCCAAUGAGCUCAACUACAUUGAGAUGCACGGCACGGGCACUCAAGUCGGAGACGCUGUGGAAAUGGAGUCAGUCUUGAGUGUGUUUGGACCAGAUCCGAGCUCGCCCAAGGCACGCCGCCAGGACUCUCCUCUAUUUCUCGGGGCUGCGAAAGCCAACAUCGGACACGGUGAGGGUGUGUCUGGAGUUACGAGCGUCGCCAAAGUGCUGCUCAUGUUUGAAAAAGGCAAGAUACCACCGCAUUGUGGCAUCAAGACCAAGAUCAACCACAACUACCCGCUGGAUCUAGCUCAGCGCAACGUACACAUUGCUCUGAAGGAAACACCAUGGACGCGCAAUAGACAACGACAACGGAAGGUACUCAUCAACAACUUUAGUGCCGCAGGCGGCAAUACUGCGCUGUUGCUAGAGGAUGCCCCAGAACGGUCACUGGGCGACGGCAAAGAUCCAGACCCGGCGACUUCAUACUUAUUGGCAAUCUCUGCCAAGUCUGCCAAGUCUUUGAAGGGGAAUCUGCAGUCCAUGCUCAAAUACAUCAGCGCCGUCCGAGACAAGAAUGAGGCUUUCACCCUGGCCAGGCUCUGUUACACCACUACCGCACGGAGGCUUCAUCAUAUGCACCGUGUAAUGGUCCGUGGCAGUACUGUCGAAGAGAUUCGAGCGAAUCUAGAGUCUGCAAUUGCACGGGGCGAGGGUCUCACUCGCAUCAAAGCUCCUCCAAAGAUCAUCUUUACUUUCACAGGGCAGGGAUCUCAGUAUCUGGGCAUGGGCCGCCAGCUGUAUGAGACGUUCUCCAAGUUUCGCACCGACAUCAGGCGUUUUGACCAGAUAGCACGAGGUCAAGGGUUUUCAUCCUUCCAGCACGUGUAUACGGCACAAGAGGGCGACGAGGGGAACUUCAGCCCCCAGGUCCUUCAAUUAGCCAUCUGUUGUUUACAGAUCGCUCUGGCACGCCUCUGGAUGUCUUGGGGUAUUAUACCCAAGGCUGUUGUUGGGCAUAGCCUUGGCGAGUAUGCCGCAUUGAACAUUGCUAAUGUGCUCUCGGACUCGGAUACAAUCUAUCUUGUCGGCAGCAGGGCUGAGCUUCUCCAGGAGCAGUGCAGGGUUGGCACACAUGCAAUGAUAGCUGUCAAAGCUUCCAUGCUGCGCAUACAGGACAUUCUCUCAGGUGUCAAAUUUCAGGUGGCGUGUAUCAACGGACCUGCAGAUAUUGUACUUGGAGGCCCCGUGCAGCAGGUCAUGGCCAUGCAAGAGAGGUUUGCCGCCGAAGGUGUCAAAAACACGAUUCUGGAGACACCAUACGCCUUUCACACCUCGCAAGUGUUCUCUAUCCUUGGUGAUUUUGAGGCUCUCUGUGGAGCUGUUACAUUCCACAAGCCUAGCCUCCCAAUCAUGUCGCCCCUUCUCGGGGAAGUUGUGAUCGAGUCCAAUGUUAUUGGGCCCAAAUAUCUUGCACGACACUGCAGAGAGACAGUCAACAUUUACGAGGCCCUUCUAGCAGGCCAGAAUCAGAAUAUCUUCAACGAGAAGUCGGCCUUCAUGGAGAUUGGUCCCAAUCCGGUGGUGUCUGGCAUGGUGAAGGCCACACUGGGACAGAGUUGGACAACCUUGGUCACUUUGCAGAAGAGCAAGGACAUGUGGCAGAAUAUCACAGCUGCUAUGCAGACUCUGUACACUCAGAGUAUCGACUUUCGUUGGCAAGAGUACCACAAGGACUUCAAAGAGUCUCAGGUAGUCCUCCAACUGCCGGCAUAUAACUGGGAUCUGAAAGAGUACUGGAUUCCAUAUGAAAACGAUUGGUGCAUUCUAAAAGGCGCACCAGACCCGAAUGCCCCCAGACUUCCGACCAUGCCCACCGUCGAGUGCACAACCAUCCACAAACUCGUCGAGGAAUCUUCAACGGGAUCCCAGGCAACAUUGGUGGUUGAGACCGACUUCUCCCGCGAGGAUUUGAACAGCAUCGCGAAGGGCCAUAUGGUCAACAAAAUUCCAUUGACUACCCCUUCUGUCUACGCAGAAAUUGGCCUAUCCCUCGGUAAAUACAUUUUGAGUCGAUUUCAGCCUACCAUGUCACAAAUGCUCGUUGAUGUAUCAGAGCUUGCUGUCGAGAAAGCCAUGAUCCCUCAUUCCAAAGGGUCUCAGAUCAUGCACACAUCUGCUUCCGUUGACUGGACAGCAAAUACAGCUCGUCUUCACUUUCGCAGUAUCGACAAGAACGGGAAGGUGACAACUGAGCACGGAGAGUGUCUUCUGCGCUUCACCGAUGAUAAAAGGCGAGCAGAGUUCCAGAGACGGGUGCCAGAAGUGCUUGCGCGUAUACAGCAUUUACGGGAUGGCAUUUCCACGGGUGCAUCUCUUCGCCUCAACCAAACAUACGGCUACAAGAUGAUCAGUUGCCUGGCAUCUUUUCACCCUGACUACAAGGCCAUUGACGAAGUCAUCCUUGAUAGCAGUACGCUUGAGGCUUGUAGCACUUGUAGCUUUGGCCAAGUACAGAGCAAGGGCAUCUUCAGCACUCAUCCGGCUUACAUCGACGUCAUGACACAGACGGCAGGCUUCGUAAUGAAUGCCAAAGAAACAACCGAUCUGGACUCUGAAGUCUAUGUUAACCACGGGUGGAAGUCGUUACAGAUUUUCGAGGAGCUUGUACCUGAUAAGGCGUACACCACCUACGUCAAGAUGGCACAAAGCAAGACAGACCUGUCUCUUUGGGAGGGCGACACUAUCAUGAUGGACGGCGACAAGGUUGUCGGCUUCUUCGAGAACGUCUCCCUACGCUGGAUAUCCAGGAAGGUCUUCCACAUGGUUCUACAAGCUUCAGAUCCAACCAAGCAAACAGGCAUGAAGAGCAUCGGCCCAGAGACUCUUGGGAAUAGAGCAGGACCUGCUAUGUCCAAUCUCAAAGCGGAACGCGCUAAGCCUUGCGACGAUGCGACCAAAACAUCGAAUCAACCAAGGCUGGUCGAAAGCCAUAGCGUGUUGGGAGUCAAGACCAAACCAGAGGGGGAGGUCACCGUCGUUGAAAUAAUUCCAAAAGGAUCGAAGAAGACAUCGAGUAAAUCAUCAAUGAUGGAACCGGCACUUAACAUCAUCUCUGAAGAGACUGGUAUUAGCGCAUUUGACCUUACUGAUGACUCUGUAUUUUCCGAUAUUGGAGUUGACUCGUUGCUAUCGAUGGUCAUCACGAGUCGAUUUCGCGAAGAGCUUGGAUUGGAUCUGGAUCUGGAGUUCUCCUUAUUCCUUGAUUUGCCAACUGUCAAACGUUUAAGGGACUUCAUUGAGGGGCCUGAAGACUUGACCUCCGACGACGACUCAAUCCAGGUUCUUGGGCCUGAGGACUCAGCAGUUGGAGAUCCGCCGGUCAUCGUUGAGCAUGUAGAAGUCCCCGAGCCCAAAGCGGCUAUACCGGCUACUACAUACGUUGAUGGUGCCAUUUCGCAAGAUGUCUUCUUCAACUCUCUGGGUAUUAUUGCCGAAGAAAGCGGCCUUUCUGUCAAUGACCUCACUGACGAUACGAACUUCCAAGAGAUUGGCGUUGAUUCGCUUCUGUCCAUGGUCAUAACCAGCCGCUUUCGAGAGGAACUUGGUCUUGAUCUUGAUCUCGAGUUUUCGCUCUUCUUGGAUUUGCCUACGGUAAAACACCUACGGGACUUCCUCCUGCCUGAAAACCCAGCAACCUUCCACUCCGAUACACCAGAAUCACGGACUGAAAAGGAAACCGGAUACGAGGACUCAGGGUCCAGCACACCGGACACAGGCGGGUCAGAUGCAGAUUUCAGUGAGAUUAUAGCUCAGUCCCGGCCAUCUGCCUACUGUCGUCCAGCGACCUCAGUCAUUUUGCAAGGGCUGCCGACCCAUACAGUGAAGACGCUUUUCCUGUUCCCUGAUGGUGGGGGGUCAUCCUCUUCGUACGAGCCAUUACCGCGCCUGACAAGUAGUACCGCCAUCAUCGGUUUCAACUGCCCGUAUGCGCGCGACCCGGAGAACUUGAGAUGCAACAUUGAGGAUCUCAUGGCAAGUUACAUGGCCGAGCUGCGAACCCGACAACCGAAGGGACCAUACUACCUUGGUGGCUGGUCCAGUGGGGGCAUUUUUGCUUUCCUGGCCACCCAGCGACUGCUUGCGGCAGGGCAAGAAGUGCGGAGCUUGAUUAUUCUUGAUUCGCCUGUCCCCCGCGUGAUGGAUAAACUCCCGGUUGAGUUUUAUGAGUACUGUGACUCCCUCGGGCUUUUCGGCUACUCAAUGGGCUCCUCAGGCGAGGAAACCCCAAGUUGGCUGAUCCCUCAUUUCAACGCUUCGGUGGAGGUCCUCCAUGGAUGCACAUUUCCGCCAAUAGACAUGCCAUCUAGCAACAUGCCUGAAGUCUCAAUUGUAUGGGCUGGCGAGUCAGUACUGAAGAACGCGGAUGAGUCCUUGCUCUCUCGGGUCACACGAGGCAAGUCAAAAGGCAUCCAUUUCCUUAUCGAACCACGCACCGACUUCGGACCUGCCGGCUGGGAGACGAUGCUCCCAGGUGCAAAGAUCCGCACGACCGUGAUUGAGGACGCUAACCACUUCUCUAUGAUGCAAAAACCAUUCAUACAACAAGUUGGCCAGUUUAUUGAUGAAUGUAUGGCCCGGACCAAAACCUAG